UUAGCUUCUUAAAAGAAGAAGGAGGCGUUCGUGUUUUCUUAGCAGUGAUGGCGUCGUACUGGGGAAUAUUUGUAUUCAUUAUCUGUUCACUUUUGGUCUGUGCUUCGACAGAGACGCGACAGUUUGGCACGGAAAACGUGAUUAACGUGACCGCAGUUAGCGAAAAUGAAGAGUUGACCUACAACGUGCAGAUCAGCUUGAAUGUCACCCUGGCGGACAAUAAAACUACCGUCAACGGGGUUCCGCUCAAGCCGUCAGAGGUGAUGAGGAUGCCAUGCCAGGGUUUGCUGUUAGAUGACAGUAACGUGAGUCUGAGUGACGGCGCCGGGACGUUGAACUAUACUAUUAGAGAAGUUUGGCAGCCCGACGUGUGGGAAGUGAAAUUGCUGCUGAACCAGACCUCUGAGGAGGUCACCCAGGAGCAAAACAUCUACCCGGCGAGAUCCAGCAAGAUCGUCGCCAUGCCACGAGAAAACGACGUCAUCAUGACUGAAGAGUUCAUCGCUAAAACAGUCGAGGACCAGGUCCUACACACAACCAGUCACUACCCACUGAGGCAGGCUGAAACCACGCAGGAAGAGACGGCCGCUCCGGGAAAGCUUCCUGAGACGCCACUGCGCAUGGAACCCAGUGUGCUGUACGAGGACGCUCCGGAGGAGAACGUCAAUCCUGACGACCUGCUGCCGGACGUUCCUCUCCGACAGUCGCCCUCGUCUUAUAACGUGGUGUGUCGAUGGGUGGAGGAGCUCAGGGACAGGCUGAAGCGCUUCUGCUCCGAGUCUCUGCCGCUCUUCUUCCUCAUCAUGUGGGUGGUGGUCGUCGGCGUCGUCGGCUCCGCGGUCAUCAUCAAGAUCCUCGACAUCUUGUUUCCCACGUGCGAACACAAGGGUUUCUUUCAUCUGAACCCGGAGACCCUGAUGCCGGAGGAGGAGAAGUCCAGUCCUAUCCCUUGGCCCUCUAAAGAGAAAGCUCUAAAACGUAUUGGCACACGAUUUGUUCGGCUCUCAGAAGUAUUGGCACCCUAUCCGGCCAGCUCUAAAAAGUAUUGGCGCGCUACGCGGACAGCUCUAACAGUGCUGGCGCCCUAUCUGUCCGGCACUGGAAAGUAUUGGCACCCUGUCCAGAUUUUGCCAUGCAAGCACCACUCACAUUUUCUUCAGGAAAUGUACCGGUCCAGUUAUGUAUUAUAUUGCUUCGACAGAAUGUAACGGAUCCUUUCUUGCUACACGAUCCACUCGUAUCACUAAUAAAAAAAAAACCCUAGUGACUGUUUUUCCAUUAAAGGUGGAGCUCAUCCAUUUGCAUUUCAAAGUGCUGAAAUAAUUUAAAGGUGCAGUUUGUAAUUUUUCUUUUCAAAGAUCUCAAACAUAUUUUUCCAAGUGUACGUUGGAAAAAUUUGCAACAUGAAAUGGAUCUAACUAACCUUCACCAUUUCAUUUCAUUACGGUUCCCCUCAGGGAAGGCUUUAAAAGUUACAAACUGCCCCUUUAAAGAACAUUGGGAAUAUUACCCUCCCACCCGGCGCUGGCGUUCGGGCGGGUCAGCAGGAUCCGAACUCGGCGAUCCACUUCUCGUAUUUCUCCAGGUCUGCGGCGGAGACCGAUUUAGAAACUUUCUUCAGAGCCGUCUGGAAAUCCUCCAUGGUCGUAGGCAUGUGCAUCUCGUCUCGGGAAAUGUUAGAUCUCCUCCAGGGCCAAAUCAUAAUCGCAAUCGAUAUUCGAUUAAUUACAGCUAGCUACUGGUGUCAUUUACCCAUUUAUACUGUUUUAAUGACACCUUCAAAGAGAAACCGGCUCAUUAGUAAUAAUAAACUCAGACAUCGGGUCUAGGUUUGUGUGUACUAAGAAAUAUUUCAAAUAAAAACACUAACAGCUAAAGCUGUUUGCUUUCCUAUACUCGCCGUCCCUUCGGAAACACACGUUAACUCGCUGUUAACUUUUAUCACACAUAUGAAUACGAAUUAAUCACCACUUACUUGUCGCGUUGUUCCGGAAAAUCUCGGAAAACAAAGAAUAACCUUUGUUUUUAACCCGCCAACGCGGAAAAACACACACACCUCCACUUUAUUUACAACCUAUUACAUUUCCUCCAGGUACUCGCUCUGAAACGUUGAAGUUUUGUAAAGACGUCGGAAGCGAGGUGCGCAUGCGCGAGAAAAUUAAAAAAAAGACCGCAUGCACGGUCCGAAGCGCCCAAAUAGAGUGUCCCAAACCGUUCAACGAGUCGUUUUGGAUUUGACCAAACGCACGCGCUCGCAGUCGAUUGCCAGAAAAAAUGUUAAAAUGGGAACUCCUUUUGAGUUUUACUUUUCAUGUUGAACUCAUAAACUAGCAAAUAUAAAAUAACUCAUAUAAACAAAUUCAUAUAAACUAACUCAUAUAAACCAACUAGUAUAAACUAACUCAUAAACUAAUAUAAAAAAAACUCAUAAACUAACUCAUAUAAACUAACUCUUACAAACUCAUAAACUAAUUCAUAAACUAGCUCAUAUAAACUAACUCAUAUAAAUGAUCUGAUAUACACUAGCCGUAUAACUGUUGAUUUCCUGGGAUGGGAACGAGGGGUACAUUCAUUGUAAUUGAACACAAUGAUUGUCUUUCGGACAUUAAACGUUAUCAUCCUCCAUCUUUUCUUUUUGUGUGUGUACAGGACCCCUCUUUUCAGGGGAAUGUAGAUAAAGCGCUCCAACAGUUGAUAGAAGUCCCCAGAUGAUGUCAUCGAACGAUUUGCAUAUACAUUGCUUGAGCAUGCUCAUUUGCAUAUCCGAUUACGAAUUAGGGUAUAGGAAGAACGAUUUUCUAAAGACACUUAGAUAAAAUAGAAUAAAAUAUAGCUUUAUCGGAACAGAAAUGAUAUAUUGUAACUUAUUUAUUAAAGAGUCA